AUGGUACAAACAGGUAUUCAAAUUGCAAUUGAUAGAGGUGGAACAUUUUGUGAUGUUAUAGCCAAAAUUCCAAAUCAAAAUGAUUAUGUUUUCAAAUUAUUAUCGGUUGAUCCUCAAAAUUAUAACGAUGCUCCAACUGAAGGUAUAAGAAGAGUAUUGGAAAAAGUUAAUUCAACUAAAAUUCCAAAAGAAUCAAAAUUAAAAUUAGAUCAAAUUCAAAGUAUAAGAAUGGGUACCACAGUUGCUACAAAUGCAUUAUUGGAGAGAAAAGGUGCAAAAGUAUUGUUGAUAACCACUAAAGGUUUCAAAGAUGUUUUAGUUAUUGGAAAUCAAACAAGACCUCAUAUUUUUGAUUUGACUGCAAAAAAGUUAGGUCAUUUAUAUGAUAAAGUUCUAGAAAUUGAUGAAAGAGUUACAAUCGCUGGUUUCUCCGAAGGCGGUGGUGAUAAAUUAAAGAUUGAUACAGAAUUAGAUCCUGAAUUAAAAGAAAGUAUUACUGGUGAUAUUGUACGAAUUAUAAAAGAGCCAGACUACGGAAAAGUCAAAGAACAGCUUCAAGAAGUAUUCGAUCAAGGUGAGAUUAAAACAAUUGCAUUAUCUUUAUUACAUGCUUACGCUUACCCAAAACAUGAAGCUGAAAUUGCGAAAAUAGCAAAAGAAAUUGGGUUUGAUGUUUCAGUAUCACAUGAAUUACAAUCAAUGAUUGGAUUUGUCAAUAGAACUUCUUCAACUGUUGCAGAUGCUUAUCUAUCACCAGUUAUAAAUGAAUAUAUACAAAAUUUUGGUGCUGGUUUCGAAGGUGGAUUAAAUGCCUUUGGUAAUAAAUUAUUAUUUAUGCAAUCAAAUGGUGGAUUGUGUCCAUGGUAUAAAUUCACUGGUUUAAAAGCUAUAUUAUCUGGCCCAGCCGGUGGUAUGGUAGGUUUUGGAGAGACAUGUUACGACUCUACAACCAAAAAGGCAACUAUUGGAUUUGAUGCUGGUGGUACAUCAACUGAUGUUUCAAGAUAUGCAGGUACAUUAGAACACAUUUAUGAAACAGUUGUAAGCGAAGUUAACUUACAAACUCCUCAAUUAGAUAUAUCAACUGUUGCAGCAGGUGGUGGUUCUAUGUUAUUUUGGAAGAAUGAUAUGUUUGUAACUGGUCCAGAAUCUGCUGGAUCUGAUCCUGGUCCAGCUUGUUAUAGAAAAGGUGGUCCAUUAACUGUUACUGAUGCAAAUUUAUUUUUGGGGAGAUUAGUACCUGAAAAAUUUCCAAAAAUUUUUGGUCCAAAUCAAGAUCAAUCUUUAGAUUGUGAUAUUGUCAAAGAAAAAUUUGAAGCUCUUACUAAGGAAAUUAAUAAAGAUCAAGCAUCAAAAGCUAUUGUUUUGAGUCCUGAGGAAGUUGCUAGUGGAUUUUUAAAAGUUGCAGUUGAAUCGAUGGCAAGACCAAUUAGAAAUUUAACAGAAGCUAAAGGUCAUGAAACUGCUUUACACAAUUUAGCAUGCUUUGGAGGUUCUGGUGGUCAAUUUUCUGUAUCAUUAGCUAAAAAUCUAGGAAUUACAAAAGUAGCAGUUCAUAAAUAUUCUUCACUAUUAUCAGCAUAUGGUAUUCAGUUGGCUGAUAUAGUUAUUGAAAAACAAUCUCCAGCUUCCUUGACUUAUGAUGAACUGACUUUUAAAGCAAUUGAUGAUAAGAUAAAACAAUUACUAGUAGAUGCCGAAAAAGAUUAUGAAGAUCAAAAAUUAACACAAUUUAAAACUAGAAGAGAAAUUUAUUUAAAUAUGAGAUAUGUUGGUAGUGAUACUCAUUUAUUGAUUCCAGUUAUACUUGGUGAGAAUAAUGGUGAUGAAAAAUUCAUAGCUAGACAUAAAUCAGAAUUUGGGUUUAAUUUAGAUAGAAAAGUUUUAGUGGAUGAUGUUCAAGUUUUGUUAGUUGUUGAAUCAGACGACAAGGAAAAGCAUAAUCCUUACCAAGAGUUUGAGGAUUUGAAAACCACCAGUGAAGCUCCACCAGCAACAAUAACACAAAAAGUCUAUUUUGAUUCUUUUGGAUGGUUAGAAACUUCAAUUUACAUAUUAUCAGACUUAGAUAAAGGUACUAUUGUAUCUGGUCCUUCUAUAAUUAUUGAUGAUACACAAACAAUCAUAAUUGAACCAAGAUCAAAAGCUGCCAUACUAUCAAGUCACGUUUUAAUAGAUGUUGAACAGGAAGAAAAACCACAACUUUCCAAAACAACAGUUGAUCCAAUUCAAUUAUCUGUUUUCGGUCAUAGAUUUAUGUCAGUUGCUGAACAAAUGGGGAGAACGUUACAACAAACAGCUAUAUCAACGAAUAUAAAAGAAAGAUUAGAUUUUUCAUGUGCUGUUUUCGAUCAUAAUGGUGAUUUAAUUGCUAAUGCUCCUCAUAUUCCUAUUCACUUAGGUUCAAUGUCAUAUGCCGUGAAAGCUCAAUUAGAAUUGUGGAAAGGAAAAUUAAAACCCGGUGAUGUAUUGGUUUCAAAUCAUCCAAAAGCUGGUGGAUCACAUUUACCUGAUAUCACGGUUAUUACUCCAGUUUUGAACGACCAAAAUGAACCAAUUUUUUGGACUGCUUCUAGAGGUCAUCAUGCUGAUAUUGGUUCUAUUGCUGCUGGUUCUAUGCCACCUAAUUCAAAAACUAUUUACGAUGAAGGUGCUGCUAUUAUAACUCAUAAAUUAUGUUCUGAAGGUAAAUUUGACGAAGAAGGUAUUACCAAAAUAUUAGUUGAUGAGCCAGCGAGACAUCCAGGGGGUUCUGGUACAAGAACAUUAAGUGAUAAUAUUUCCGAUUUAAAAGCUCAAGUAUCAGCAAACUAUAAAGGUAUUGUAUUAUUACAAAAAUUAAUUGACGAGUUCAGUUAUGAGGUUAUAAACCUUUAUAUGGGAGGUAUUCAAUCUACUGCAGAAGUAGCAGUUAGAAACUUAUUGAAAUUAGCUUAUCAAAAAUUUGGUUCAAAAGAAUUAAAAGGUAUAGAUUAUAUUGAUGAUGGUACGGCUAUAGCAUUAACAGUUACAAUAAAUCCAGAAACUGGCUCAGCAUUAUUUGAUUUUAGUGAAACGGGUGAUGAAAUUUAUGGAAAUUUAAAUGCUCCAACUGCUAUUUUAUAUUCAGCUGUACUAUAUGUUUUAAGAUGUUUGAUAAGUACUGAUAUUCCUUUAAAUAAUGGAUGUUUAAGACCUAUUGAAUUUAAGACAAGACAAGGUUCAUUAGUUGCACCAUCUUAUGAUGCAGCAGUUGUUGGUGGUAACGUUGAAACAACUCAAAGAAUAGUUGAUGUUAUGUUGAAAACAUUUGAAGCAGCUGCUGGUUCACAAGGUACAUGUAAUAAUUUAACAUUUGGAGCAAGUGAUAAAGAAAAUGGAAUAUCAUUUGGUUAUUAUGAAACAAUUUGUGGUGGAUCAGGUGCUGGACCAACUUGGGAUGGUCAAUCAGUUGUUCAAUGUCAUACAACAAAUACAAGAAUGACAGAUACUGAAAUAUUUGAAAAAAGAUAUCCAGUUUUACUACAUGAAUAUUCAGUUCGUAAAAAUUCAGGUGGUAUUGGUUUACAUACUGGUGGUGAUGGUGUAAUUAGAGAUAUUGAAUUCUUGUAUCCUUUAGAAGUUUCAUGUCUUAUGGAAAGAAGAAGUUUAGCACCAUAUGGAUUAUUAGGUGGCUCAGAAGGUAAAAGAGGAAUUAAUUAUUGGUAUUAUAAAGAUCAUAAUGAUGAUAGUAAUGAAUUGAAGAGAAAAUCUAUAGGUGGUAAAUGUACCGUUAAAGUUAAAAAGGGAGAUAGAAUUGUUAUUAAUACUCCAGGUGGUGGUGGGUAUGGUAGUUCAAAUAAAGAUUCGAAAAUUGCUAAUGGUGAAAAAUCAGUUAAUUAUCCAAUUGAAAGUACUCAACCUUCAAGAUUAACUGGUUCCGUUGGUAUGAGAUCAAUAAUACAAGAUACUAAUUAG